AAUAGCACUGAUCAGGUGAUUUGGCUCAUUUGAUCACUUUCUGACAAAUGGGACCAGAUUGUAAGGAGCUGACUUGGCAAAGUUUUAACAGACACACUCCUGAAUUAUAAAAAGAAAAAGCAAUCAGACCCUCCUCCCCCCUGCCUCGAUCCCGUCUGGAUCGGGAGAGGCCACGAGCUGCCCAACCCCCGCGCCACUCCGGCGACCUCGCCGCAGCGCCACGCGACCCCGCCACCGUGCCGGCCGGCCCCAAGCCGCUACGAUCGCGGCCCCACCCCUCGCGCCGACCGGCGCCAAGCGGCUACGACCCUGGCCCCUGCCCCGCGCGGGCCGGCCCCAAGCUGCUACGACCCCGACCCCGCUCCUCUCCUGGGUAGCAAGCACGGCGGCCCCAAGCCGCACGGCGAUGCAUCCCUUUCUCCUUCCUCCCUCCUCUCUCUUUCCCCAGCCGGCGGCGCGGCGGCGUGCAACACGGACGCAUCACCGGAGCAAGCAGCGACCAACGACGAAGAGAAGCUCUCUUCAAUGUCAUCGCAGUUCCACGAGCGAACCUCUGUCGGCAGCAGUUGCAGCUCGUCCAUAUCAAGGGUCGCAGAGGUUACCAGGAUCAGAUUAACAAUCCGACAAGCGCUCCAUUCUCCAGCAAGUAUCAAACACCAGGUCAGCAGUCAAUGCAUACGUCUCAAUCCAAUAACUGAACUGAGAUGAGCAGCCCAGUGCCAUGAGCAUAAUGCUGCAGCCAAAAUGAUGAUUUAAUUUUCUGCACAAAAAGGCCGCCGGCAUGGCAUAGCAAACCUUCAGUGCUCCCACAGAACCUGAUUUAUGGAUUUGGUUUGAGCAUGGCUCGGUUCUUAUGCUAACUUUCUGUUACUACUCGUCCAUGAAUUGCCGUUUUCUAACCAAAUUACACUGUUUGCAUAUAUCUUUUGACGUAUAUAUGUGAUCAUGCGAGGGUCUGUAAAUUCUUGUUUGGGCAGUAACCUGCCCCGGCCCGUGACCCAUAGGUAGACCACCCCGUUGCGAUUAGGACUCAUGGAGGAGCGCGAGCGAGCCGGAGAUCAAUUGCGCGCCGCCACACGAGUCUGACACGGAAGCCGUGUCCGGCCAGAGCCGGAGAUCAACUACUUACCCAAGCACCGCAUAUCCGAUCGACCUCUCGUCAUCGUUCCUCGACACCAUGGCCCAAGGCCAAGAAAGCAAGUGCACGAGAUGGACGAUAGGCGUGACAACGAUAGUUUUCUUUAUAGGUAUUUUUGCUCCUCUUGCGUGGUACGCCGAGAGGCCAGCUGACACCACGUACGAGGUGACCAUCACCAGCGUCGGCGGCCUGGACCCGGCCCUGGAUCUCCACGGCGACCGGCAGGCGCUCAGCCUGGUGUUCGGCCUCACCGUGCGCGUCGACAGCACCCACAACAAGCUCUUCAACAGGCGCAUCGGCGGCGCCGGCUCCUCCGUGGUGGUGUACGGGGACGCGCUGCUCGCCAAGGGCGCCGUGCCGGAGCUCUGCGUGAAAACAUCAGGGGUGGGAGAGGUCGCGGCCGAUGCGUGGGGCUUGAACGUGCAGGUGCCUCAAUUCCUGCGGGACCGGCUGGCCGGCGAGCUAGAGAGCGGCCAGGCGGUGGUGGACGUGGCGGUGCGGACUCCCGCGGGGUGCUACAUAAACGGGUGUUUCGACGCGGUGCUCGUCUGCAAGGCCAGGAUCCAGGGGGGUUCUUCUCCGUGUUUCUCUAUGUAGAGACUUAUCAGCGGCACGGGCGCAAAACAGAUAGUUUAGAGCGUUUUUUUUGCAGUUUAUUUUAUUUUUGCUUAGGAUAGCAUGAAGGAAUUUUUGUUUUCAAUCAAGCGCCAUCUUUUGUAGUGGAUCCAAAUUUUGUAUUCUCUAUCAAGAACUGUGUUUAAUAGUUGAUCUGAAUUUUGUAUUUGCAAUCAAGAACUGUAUCUUAUAGUGGAUCUGGAUUUUAUUCUUUCA